UGAUUCCUCUCUGCCCAUGGACGAACCCUAGCCCCCCACUUCCCCCUUUCCCUCGCUCUCUCUCUUCUCCUCGCGUGAAACCGAUGCUGCCGUCGCCAUGGCCGCGACCACCGUGCUCCCCGCACCGCGAGAAGACGCCCAGAAGGACUGCCACGGUCCACUUCGUCCAUCCCGAGGACCGAAUCGAGCGGGGAAGGCCCGUACACUCGCCAUCGCCACCAUCUUCAUCUUGUACAUCGCCGCGGCCUCGACGUCGAUCCGCAUCACCUCGUCCAUCCCGGCCUCGUACGAGCUCACCACCGACCUCCUCUCAACCCCGUGACGAUGCUAAUGCCCCUGUGAUCGACUACGUCACCGACGACCCCUCCUUCUCGCCUGAGCAACCAGAUGACGGAGUCCAGGAGCCAGAUGACACCUUUGACGACUGCUACUACACCAAGGGCGUCUGCUACCACGUGACGGAGACCGCCGAUGACCAGGAGUAGUUAGGAGGCUCCCAGGCAGGAGGCCUUGCCUUUUCGAUCAUAGAUGCUUUUGUGCUAGCCUUCUUAAGGCAAACUUGUUUAACUUAUGUCUGUACUCA